AUGGAUGCACAGUUCCCUUUUGCCUCACGCGACGACAUCUGGCGCGUCUUCGAAGAGAUCAAAGAGCUUCACGCUACCCAAUUUGAGCAGGCAGAGCGGAUAGCAAGGUUGGAACGGCGAAGAGACGAGGAUGCAAAGCUGAGAAGCGUUUGGGGUCCUCUAUCGCCUUUUCCCACCUCUGUUGGGGGCACAAUCCCCGCGGAGCCGGUCUUCCACAACCCCGCCGACGCGUUCAAGGGUUUCGAUCAGGGACAUCAUCACACAGUGAUCAAUACAAUGGGGAUGGAGACCGAAGACGAGCCCAGGCGUGGGACCUCAAGGGCAAACAGCGUUCGCUUUGAUGAGAGUGCCAUUCACGGCUAUUACGGGCAAGCUAGUCGAUCGAUUGGCGAACUACCAUUGAGGACGGGGAGUGGCCUAGGCAGCCAUCCUAUGACUGAACGGACGCUAUCUCAUCGAUCAGAUGGACGACAAAGCUCCUCGGGGCAUUCGCAUCACUCGGCUCGAACCAACAGCCUGGGCCUAGAGACAACUAGCAGAAUGAUGGCUUCUUCCGUUGUAGGGUCGCCGCUCAUUCCUCCACCUGGGUUCUUCCUCCUCGGGCCUGUCCCGUGCAUCAUUCGCUGUUGGCUGACAACCAACUUUUCCAACGAGUCUCUUCUGUACGCGGCCGUCUGCACUGGCUCCUAUACCUCUUCACUGGGGUACCCGAUGGUAAAGAGAUUCGGCUGGGAAGAUCAGCUUGUACAGGACGGUGAUGUGCAGUAUAUCAAGCUUCCGAUGUACCUCCCCGAGGCUAGCGUGCACCAAUCGUCCUCGCGUUCCGGUAGCCCUGCUCCUCAGGUGCCUACUUUGACUGUCCGGUUCCUGGUUCGUGAGGUUGAUUCCAGUGACUACUCCGUGCAGAUUGUCCUUGGCAGUGAUGUACUCCGCUCCCACAACGCCGACGUGCUUUUCUCUCAAGACAAGAUCAUCAUGGUCGACGACGAGCGUAACAAGGUAUCAAUUCCUCUUGUGCGUCCGGAGGACGACGCUGUCUUCAAGUCUCUAUGCACGGCAUCAGAUAUCUCACGUGCAGGGUGGAAGGAGCGACAAGCCGCCCAGAAUGAUGGGCCUGCGAACAUGAACGGCCACGCGCCCGUGGGUGUCAUCGGCCGUCCUUCCAGCUCAUCUCGGCGAGCGACAUCCGCUGACGGUUCGACUCAAGACUUUGUGGAAGACUCCGAGGAUAGUCGAAAGGCGCAUUCCUCGGAUACGCCAGAACCUCCUGCCGUCCCCGAGCCAGUUCAAUACCAGGAUAAGCCUGUCGGAGUUGUGUCGAGUGUGCCGGCUCGUCCCGAAGCAUCCGGGGUUUGGGGCUCGUGGAAACGCGACACCAGAACCGAUCCGAAUGCCACGGCGGCGGGCAAGCCUUCCCGGGGUCGUACCAUGAAAGUGCUGCGGCCAAGCAAGGCGUCGUCUCGAUCGGUGACGAUGACAGGACCUGGCAACAGCUUGCCUGGCGAUGUCGUGCAGCCAACCUCGUCUCGUACGUCACCCGACGGUGGGGUGCGGACCAGCAAUUCGUGGACGUCCAAUCCGGUUGGCGGGGCGUCGGCGUUUGGAUGGCUCAAUAGCGCGUCUCAGCCUUCUCGGUCCCGUAGUAUGACGGCUGGCCCUGGCUCUAAAUGA